AGGUGGAGGCCUCCCCGCCCCCCAAUUAUUUUCUCCGCAGACGCUCCGUUUAGAAGCAGUGGUGCGGGGGGUGGAUUCUAGGCUGACUGCAAAGAGCAUUAUGGGGAACCGGCAGCAGACUUAAACAGUUCCUGCGAAGCCCUUCGCAUCGUGCCUCGUCCCCGUUUCUCCGCAGGGCCUGAAGUGGCUAGAGGAGAGCGUGGGCGUCAGGAGGAGGAGAGGGCUGGCCCCUUUCGAGGAAGGAGCGCCAAAGCCUUGUUCCGCUGCUGUUGGUUUUCUGGGCUGGGAAGUUGGCUUUGUUUGCAACGCUUAUUAAACGCGUGCUUCUCUUUGCGUCUCACGCUUGUUCUGCGGGGCAGGUCCUGUGACGUUGGCUUCUUUCGGAGCAGCUGCCCACAAUUGCGCCUUCUCAGUCGCUCUAGCGAGGGGCAAAUGUCCUUCCCCGGCGUUUCCUUAUCUUCGCGUCUCUCCUUUGCCCGCUGUUUACAGUUUCUUUCAGGGAGCGGAAGGAUUAUCUAGGCUGGCCGAGGGGCAAACGCCUGGAGUCUCUGCGGGCGGGGACGGGGAGGCAGCCAGCCAGCCAUGUGAAACAUUUUCGCGAGCUUGGGGGCCACGGCGCUGGUGAUGGUCAGUCAUGGCUUGGCUGGACUACUGGCUGGGUGAGGUCCAGUGGCUCUCCCUGCUGUCCUUGUUUGUGGCUGCCUUGGUCAUCGUAGCCGUCUACCUGGUGCAGUAUGGCCUGAGCAUCCUCGGGCGACGUGGAGUGAAGCCGCCUCCUCCCGCGCCCCCUUCGGAACUUCUGCAAGGGGAUGAGGACUCCCUCUUUGCCUGGCUGCUGUCUCUGAACAGCUGGAGGCAGGAGUGGCAAAAAGCCUGGAUAACUGCGCUGAAUUGGGAAGCCAAGCUAAGGGAGGAUUCACUUAUGUUUACAUUUGAAGAUGAUGCAGCUUCUCAGCCUCUUGAGCUUGUGGUGCAACAAGUUGUCAGUGUGAUAAGGUCUCCUGAAGAAAAGGUGGUCUCUUCUAAUAUAGCUGGAAAUGCCAUUCACUUUAUAGUCAACGUGACCCAUCCCUCACUUGCUCCUGCAGAAUGUCAGUCUUACAGAGUAAAACUGUCACCAUUUCUUUUGCAGCUGGAACUUUCAAUGAAAGCCAAAGAAGAAGACAUCCAGGUCAAGUGGUGUUUCAUACACACCUCAGAAACAAACACUGAAGUGAAGCCAAUAACAAGGCAACAGGUGCAGACAGAUAGAACUACUACAGCCUCUGAGAAACUAAAGGGUGUGUUACAGAAUCUCAUCAAUUCAGCAUCUCCUUCUUUGAUUUUAAGUACAAAAACUACAGAUAUAAAAGCAAUACAGAAUGUACAAAAUACAGGAAUUCUUCCUCAGGGCACCAGUCCCCCUAAACCUCCAAGGGCUCAUGAACUAAAGCUGCUAAUGAAAAACAUCAAAGCCACACUGGCCAGUCAAAGCACUGCUGGCAGCAUUAACCCAGUAUGUAUCAUUCAGCUCAAUGAUCCUUUGCAAAAGUUUUGUGGUUCUGUAGCCAAUAAUUCCACUGACCUCUCUUGGAAAGAAGAGUUCAUUUUCGAAUUAAAUGUCAAAUCCAAAGAUCUUCAAAUAAAGGUCUUCGAAAAUGGGGAAAUGGAUAGUGGUUUCUCUGCUUUCACUACAGUACCUUUGGACCUGUUCAGGAAACAGCCUUCUGGGCAAAAAAGCUUUGCACUGAACAGCAAUCUCAACAGCAACAGUCCUUCAGUAGGAUUUGUAUCUGCAGAGUUCUCAUACAUAGAACCUUCUGAAUCCAGACAUUUGAAAGUUCCUGCCACACUUGCAAAAGUAGAGAAGGAUCGAACUGUGAUGCCCUGUGGGACUGUGGUCACAACUGUUACUUCUGUGAAGGCCAAGCCUUUAAUAGAAGGGAGAUCUUCUGCUCUGCAUUCAGAUUCACCAGCAAGAAGUCCUGCUAAAGUUAAACUGAUUGAAAAGGAUUUGUCAGUUCAAGCAAUCCACUGUCAGAAAGCUUCAGUAAGCAAAGCUUUAUCAUCUUCGGAUACAGAGUUACUGAUGUUAAAUGGCACAGAUCCUGUUGCUGAAGUAGCCAUUCGACAGCUGAGUGAAUCUGCAAAGCAGAAGCUCAAGUCUCCCAGGAAGAAAAGCACGAUCAUUAUAUCAGGGGUUUCAAAAACUAAUUUAUCUCAGGAUUGUGAAGCUGCCCUCAUGAUGGACUAUGCAGCAGCCAUGGAUGGCUCAUAUAUACAGAAUGACACUACUGGUCUGGAGGAGUCUGUUGCACAAUCCCCUCCUGAUGAAGAACUGUCACUGUUUGCAUCCCAAACACUACCUUCCCAUGAAGACACCCAGGAAAAUAGCCAUGAUGCCCCAACCUUAGAUGACAGCAGCCAGCAGUGGCAUAGCAAUGCACUACUAGACCAUGACUGUGAUAAGGUGUCUGAGAACUCCGUAAGCAUCUCAGAAUCUGGAACUGUGAAGAAAUCCAAAGGUGGAAUCUUUAGAAAGGGUGCAAGAUUGUUUUUUCUCCGACGGCACCAUCAGAAAGAUCCAGGCAUGAGCCAAUCACAUAAUGACCUUAUCUACCUACAACAGCCGACAUCUGAUGGUACUCAAAGAAAGGAAGGAGGAACCCUAAUGCGCAUUCUCAACAAGAAAAUUCUAUCUAAAAGCAAGAGCAAAAACAAACUGAAUGGCACGUCAGUUGAACCAUAUGCAUAAAAUCUAGUAUAUGCCAGUUAUGAUCAGCUGUUUACAGAAAAACUCUAUGUGCUUAAUGAGAUUCACUAAUGCUGUGAUCCACAGAAGAGGCUGGAAAACAAAGUAGGGAAAUGCAAAUUGUGGAAGAAGGCUUACGGCUUUUUAAAGUUGGUAGACUAAAAGCCACUGUCCAAAUCCUAAUCCACACUCACUUGGAAGGAAUUUGAAAUAAACAGACCUAAUCCAAAAGGCAUCUCAAAAUUAUGUUUUUAAAAGGUUUUUUUCUCAUAAACCUGACAGCAUAAAGAACAGCAGAGACUAUAUAGUAGGUGAUUGUUUGCAUGAGUUAAUGUAUCAUGGUAAUUUUUACUAAUAAUAUAAGGUAGCAAUAUAAAUUUUAAACAGGGUAUCAAUUCUGACAAAAUGGUAAAUAAGUGAAUUCUGAUCUGGAUAAUAUGAACUUGGAAAUGUAUUAAGAUAUUUUUGGAAACAUAAACUAAAGGCUGAAUUGGGCAGCCUGCUGUUAUAAUGGCUAAUCCUGUGUAAAUAAAUUUGCCUCUAAUGUAUAGUACCCAAACAAACUGAUAACUUGAGCAACUACUUAUACUGAAGCUAUUUUAAUAUUUUGUGCAUAUACCCUUUUAGAAGAUUGCUUUAAAUCAGUGUGCUCAUAAAAUAAUUUGAGAAUCUCCAUGUUCUUCUAUGAUAUGGAGAAACUAUACUGAAAUAACACAGCAGCUUACCUUGGACAGCCUGCAAGUUAUUAGACAAAUGUACUGUGUCAUAUUUUUAUCCCUAGUUUUGUUAAAACUGUGCAUGUUUAGUCUUUCCCAGACUCUUCCUCAAUUUAGUUUGGGAGCUUAAAUACUCUAUAUGUCAAGGAAUGUAUAUGUGUUUAAGUUUUGAGAUGUCUGCAGCUGGAAUACCAAUGUGGGGGCGGGAGGUUAUGCUUCCCAAUUUACUGUCAAAAAAGUCAGGGACAUAAUACAUACCUGUCACUUGUACACAUUGUUAUUACAGACACAUUCUUUAUUGAAAUGAUCAUCCCUAAAUCACUUUGUUGAAACCACUCUAGCUUCACUGAGGGCUUAGUUUGGAGUAUGGUAUUUACUCAAAAAGAAGGCAACCCUGAAUGUAACACAUCUGCCUUAAAAAUGUUACACAAAAUUACUGGAUGCAGGUGUAACUUGUAUGCAAAUAUAAGACGAUGCUUUCUUUUUAUGGUAUAUCUAGGGAAAAGCCUAGUCCUGUAUUUGAGUAAAUAAUGUGUGUUUUGGCUGUGGCCUACGGAGUCAAAUCCUAUUACUUUUAUUCAGGGAGGGAAACAGUACCAGUAUAAGCCCUGUGUUUCUCAAGAAAGAGUUACGUAAUUGAUAUAAGUGAUAUUGCUCUUGAUAAAAUUCAGUGUUGAUUAAUAUAAGCUAUGAUGCAGGUUUUCUUCAUUGUACAAAAUGAAGUAAUUGGUUUUGGCAUGCUGGACAAGAUCUAGCUUCUCUUAUGUGCCUCUUAUAAACUAAUUACUAAAGAAUGGUAAAAUAUGAAAUAUUUCACAUGUAAUAGAAGUACAUUGUGAUCCUAGGUGUAUUUACUGGGAUGUAAUGCUUAUUGUCAUCAGUGGAACUUCCAUAUCAGUUUAGAUUGGGCUACAAAUAUAUUGAAGGUCCCCCCUCCCCCCCCCCCCACAGUAGCUUGGUAAGUUUCAGUGAGCUGAACUGCAAAACUGUAUUAAGAAUAAUUUGCUGCUGUGCCUCUUAAAAAUACUUGAAGACACGGAAAACUAUUAUUUGAGAGUCUUAAAUUGUGCCACUGAAUGUUAAGAAAAAAACACCAAACACCUUUGAAAAAAUAGAUGGUAUGAAAGUUGAGCUCUUAAAAAAAACCCCUUCCAUUUCAGUGGAGUCUGGAUUUGUAAAAUCUCAAGUAUUUGCUACUGACAUAGAUUUGAAAGAAAAACAACUGAGGAUGUACGAGCUGAAGUUUUGCACCAAAGUAUUAACUGAAAGAUGAAAAAUACUGUCUAAUGGUGCAUGCUGUUUCUUUCCAUAAAGACUUGGCUAUACCUUUCAGCUCAAAAAACUGUGCAGCCAUUACUUUAGAUGCUCAGCAACAAAAUAUUUUGUUAACAGUAGUACGUUUUGUUCCUCAGGUUUUACAGGGAUAACUUUUGAUCUAAUUCUGUUUAGUUAUUCAGAAAGACUAUCCUUUCCAUAACUACUUCCACUGCCUAUUUCUACAGUAAACUGCUGGAGACUCUGUUUGUACCUGUGCUAAAUAUGGCUUUCAGCAUUUAAAAGUGAAGCAAACCAGUAGAAGUCUAGUUAGGUACAUUUACCUGAUUUCAUGUCACCAUGAGUAAAAAUCAAGUGUUGCUUCACACAGUGACAACCAUCACCCCCUUGGAUUUUUCUAUAUUGUUUGGAAUAAUUUUCAGGAGAAAAUUAUUUGUUGCACUUUUGGCGGUUUUCAUGCUUCCUACUCCAUUAAAAUUACUGGUCUAGCAUAAAUUAUUUCCAUGAAUGAUAGAUAACAAGGCGAGCUCUGACCAGACAUGCUUCCAAGUUUUCAUAAAGAUCAGCAAAAUUUGGUUGUAAUGGCAGGACUGUUACCUAAAUCCCCAAUCUGCUGUAGGAAUCUGGCUUUGAAACAAAAUAUCUUCAUUUUUAGCAAAUGUUAUGAGUGUCAGCACUUUCUCUAGGAAUGGCCGAGCAAUUGCUGCAGUGCAAUACAAGUGUCCAUUAUAGCAUUAUUGAUAUGAGAUUUAUUUUGGAGGGGUUACUGUUAGUCAACUGGAACCCAAAUAUCAGAUAAACUGUGAGACAGAGCUUACGUCAUUUGAUGAACUGGGCUACAGCACACAAAAUUCUAUGCCAUAACAAGCUGCUUAAGUCAGUGGUUCUCAAACUGAUCCCAAAAUGGGUUGAGACUAUCUCAUAUGUGGAUCAUUGUUCAAAAUCCUGAGCCUAGGAGAAGAGGCUCAGGGCUCCCCUCCUCCCAGGUAAUUGGGGGGGGGGGGAGAUGAGGGCAGAGUUGCUCAAAACUCUCCUAUUUUCCUGCACUCUAUUCAUUUCAUGUUCCAUUCCAGUGAUGGAGACAAUGUACCAAGCCCACUGCUGCCAAAAGUCUGAGGCCCUGCUUGGUAGACCCCAAAGAAAGAAUAGUUCAGAAGUAGAUUUCCCUUCAAAAAGUUUGAGAACCACUGCCUUGUAUUUUAAUGUGACACAAGACUCGAAUUAUUUCAAGUUUUCUUGUACAUGUACCUUACUUAAUUGUGCUUGUACUGGACCAGUUCAAUUCAGUUGUAUUUGAAAUCAAAGGUAUGGGGGGAAAUAAAAUGUAUUCUGUUUGUAAAGUGGCAGGAAUUUGAAGCUAUAAUGGGGGGAAGCAAGUUACAGACUAUUUAUGUGGCUGCUUCUGCAACAUUUAUGCAUGUUCUUAAACUAUAUUUUGUACUAGGUACAAAUACAGUCAACAAAUUAGUUUACCUUUUAAUUUGACAUCAGAUUUAAGUGUUUUCCAGUGCCCUUCCAGUUCUAAGCUAAUAUAGCUCAGAGCAAACAGUGGCAGCCUUCAUCCACUUGAAUUUUCCUAGUCUUUUGAUUGGGAUAUUUUUCAGUCUUGAAAAAAACUCAAGUAUUUUGGUUUCAAUUUGCUGAGGUAUUACUAUCAAAUAAUUAUAAUGUAUGCUGUGAGCCAUCUUUCAUAUGAAAUGUAUAAUGCUAAGAAAAUACAUGGAAUAAAGUAGCAAUGCAAAAUAGAAUGUUAACCUAGCCUUACAAUAUUUUUGAAUAUGCAAAGAGAAACUCAAAUUAAAAUCAGUGUUUAUCAGA